AUGACUAAGAUCCAUUAUUCUCGGGCUCCGGAAAACAGCACCAAGUCGUGCAAAGCUCGUGGCUCUGACCUCAGAGUCCACUUCAAGAAUACUCAUGAAGCCGCCAUGGCCCUCCGUGGUAUGCCAUUGAGACGUGCUCAGGCUUUCCUUGCUCACGUUAAGGAGCACAAGGAAAUCGUUCCAUUCCGUCGUUUCCAUGGUGGAGUUGGACGUGCUGCCCAAUGCAAGCAGUGGAAUACCACCCAGGGUAGAUGGCCAGUCAAGUCUGCUGACUUCCUUCUCGACCUCCUCAAGAAUGCUGAGAGCAACGCUGAGUAUAAGGGAUUGGAUGUGGAUCAUCUCGUUGUUGAGCACAUCAACGUGCAAAGAGCCCCAAAGCUCCGCAGAAGAACAUACCGUGCCCACGGAAGAAUCAACCCAUACAUGUCUUCGCCAUGCCACAUCGAAGUCAUCUUGGCUGAGAAGGAUGAUGUUGUUUCGAAACCAACAGAUGAUGCUCCAAAGGUCAAGAAGGAGUCGAAGAGAAAGCAACGCCGCCAAUUGGCUCGCGGAGAAUUCUAA